GUGGGACGUCCGCAACAACAAUCCAAAGCACCGUCAAUUGUCUUACAUACCGCUUUGACGAAGAUGUCGGACGCACGGAGAUACUGUUCUAUAACACGUGACACGAACGAGACGAAGAUCAAGCUGGAGCUGAGCUUAGAUGGAGGGCCCUUGGAGAAUGAGUCCUCCGCGGCUCAGAAUGGAGAUGCGAAAGCACACGCCGCGCAAAGUACAAAAUCACAGGUUAUAGACAUAGACUCAGGGAUUGGUUUUCUGGAUCAUAUGCUUCAUGCAUUGGCAAAGCAUGCCGGGUGGAGUCUUCGAAUACGUUGUAAAGGCGACUUGCACAUUGAUGAUCAUCACACCGCAGAAGAUACAUGCAUAGCCCUCGGAUCCGCUUUCAAGACAGCGCUUGCAAAGAACAACACUGGCCUUGCUCGCUUCGGCUCUGCCUACGCACCUCUUGACGAGGCUCUCUCUCGCGCCGUCAUCGACUUGUCCAACCGCCCUUACAGCGUCAUUAAUCUUGGUCUUAAGCGUGAAAAGAUUGGUGACCUGAGCUGCGAGAUGAUUCCCCACUGCCUGCAGAGCUUUGCUCAGGCAGCCGGUGUAACGCUCCACGUCGACUGCUUGCGAGGAGACAAUGAUCAUCACAGGGCCGAAAGUGCUUUUAAGGCGUUGGCUGUUGCUACGAGGGAAGCUUGCAGCCCACUUAGAGGAAGGGAGGGCGAAGUCAUGAGUACUAAAGGGGUUCUAUACUAGAGGGAACAGCACCGCAGGCAGAAUAAGUAGAGCAUUUGAAUCUGGGAUUUUCAGACGAAUUAAUGAGCACUGAAAAGGCUAAAGCAUCCUCCCUCCACACUGCACUCUUCCCCACGUAGCUGCUGCUUAUCACAAG